GUCGUCAUUUUGUUUCGUGAGUGUGGAUGUAGUUGCAUAUGUAAAUUUAAAUGUAAACGAAAACAAAAUGGAUAAAACAGCAGAUGUGUUGUUCGGUUUAAAGACUAUGAAAAUACAGAUAAUAAUAGUAGCAAUAGAACUUCAAAAUCAAGGAAAGAGUAAGAAAGUGAAGAGGAUAAACAGAGUGGUCAGGUCUGUAAAAUACCUUUGUGCCCUCAGUGUGUAAAGAAAAAAAAAAUCAAUGAGAGAACCUGUAAUGAACAGGUACAAAUAUGCAUUUAUGCAGCUCCCUGACGAAAAGGAUUUAGGUAAUACCGACAGUCAAUGAAGACAGCUGCCUCUUAUUAUUGUUAAUAUACAAACCCUUUGAUUCAAAUCUACGAAGAAUCAGAGAGUGUAACAUUCCUGAGUGUUGAGACCCGACUCCAUUCCAAGGUGGGUCGCCAUGUCCAUAACUCUGGGCAGCAUCCUUUCAAAGCUCGAGGACAAUGACUCCUCAGAAGAGCAACAACGAAGACCUCAAAAUAUCGACAAAUACUCUCCGGGAAUCAGGGUCAACGAAGAAAUGACAGAAUCUUUGGCCAGCAUGAGUGACAUGCGAGCCGCUCUUGUGGACUCGCCGGGUGCAGGAGACGGAGCCAGAUCAUGCUGGGGUGCCCGCCAUACCCUGGUAUUCAUGAGUUUCCUGGGAAUCUCUUGUGUUUAUGCAAUGCGGGUCAAUCUCUCCGUAGCAAUUGUGGCAAUGGUCAAGUCACAGCCUAAGAAUUAUACUAACAGUAGUGACUUAAGUGAAGUGUGUCAGCCUCCUGAGGGCUAUGAUCCUAGUGAUGAUGAGAAUUUAGAAGGUGAAUUUGAAUGGAAUGAAGCGACCCAGGGGAUGAUUUUGGGCAGCUUUUUCUAUGGCUAUAUUUUCACAAAUGUACUCGGUGGUUGGGCCUCUGAGCACAUUGGGGGCAAGUUGGUGUAUGGUUUGGGCAUCGUUAUCACCGCCAUUUUAACUGUACUGUCGCCUCUAUGUGCCAAAUGGUCAUCGGGUUUAUUCAUCGCCAUCCGAGUUCUAGAAGGAGCAGCAGAGGGUGUCACCUUCCCUGCUGCACAUCACUUGUUAGCCAGAUGGAUUCCGAUGAGAGAGAGAGCAAGGUUCACGGCUUUCGUAUACGCUGGCUGUCAGUUUGGAACAGUGGUCACUAUGCCCAUUAGUGGCUGGCUGUGUGACACGGAUUUCUUGGGGGGUUGGCCCUCUGUCUUCUACGUUUUCGGGGGCCUAGGACUCGUCUGGGGCGUCGCUUGGUUCCUAAUGGUUUUCGACAACCCGGAAGCGCAUCCUAGGAUUUCGGCCCAUGAAAAGAACUAUAUUAUGGAAACGUGUGGCACUAAAGAGGGAAAAGCACUUCCAGUUCCAUUGAAAGCCAUCUUUACGACGUUGCCUUUCUGGGCCAUCAUGGUUGUACACUUUGGACAAAAUUGGGGGUUCUUCACACUGUUGACUGAGUUACCCACAUACCUGAAAAAUAUCCAACACUUCGAUAUGAAAAGAAAUGGCCUACUAUCAGCCCUGCCAUAUUUUGUGAUGUGGGUGGUCAGCUUGCUUUACAGUCAGCUCAUAGAUCGCCUCUACGCAUCUGGUAAGAUCAGCACUGUAACUGUCAGAAGAACUUCCAUGGUCAUUGGUAUCUAUGGACCUAUGGUGAGCCUUGUAGCCAUGUGUUUUGUGGACUGUAACGAACUUUUGGCAAUGGUGGUGCUGUGCUUGGCUGUUGGGUUGAAUGGAGCCGUCUAUUGUGGCUAUAUGUGCUCCCAUCAGGACUUGGCUCCCAAUUUUGCUGGGAUUCUCAUGGGAUUUACUAAUACUGUAUCCAAUAUCCCAGGAUUCAUCGCUCCUUCCAUCAUUGGUCUCAUUAUUAAUAAUAAUCAAACGUUGAGUGCAUGGAGAACUGUCUUCCUGAUAGCAGCUGCUAUCUACCUGAUCACCAACACAUUCUAUUUGAUUUUCAUAUCUACGGACACACAGCCAUGGAAUUUUCCACAAGAAAGUUUUUCAAAAGAUGAAUCUAAGAAGAGAUAUUAACUGCAAUAUCUUCAAGGCUUAUUGUAUUUCGAAUCCAGGUUUCUAUCACUAUUUGGCAGCAUCUGCAAGCUGUCAUAAUUGAGGAGUCGCUGAUUUUUUUAUUCCUUGAUGGCAGUAGACCAAAAAUGCUGGUGAUAUAUGUUUAUCAAAGGGACUGUAUAUCAUCACUAAUAUAAUCUGAAAAUAUUACUUGUUGCUUAUGAAUUUGAAUCAUUUUGAAUGAGCAUUUAUAAGUGAAAAUUAAUAUGUGGUUUCAUCUAAACAC